UCCACAAUGCCUAAAGCAUUUCCUACAUCUUUUAACAUGGUUUUAUUCGCUAUCAUAAGUUUCUUAGUCUUCUCCAUUAGUAUAGAAACCUCGAGUUCAUCUUCAUCUUUGUGUUCAUGGACUACUUCAUUCCCGUGUCCUUGGACUACUUCGCUCCCACCUGAACUCUUAACCCUAGAUAUCGCAAAUCGGUUUCAUACAGAUAAAACUGCUAUUGAAUCAGCCUCUAUUGACUUUGGCAAGCUUGUAAGAUUAAAUCCGGCUGCCGUUCUUAAUCCAUCUUCGGUUCAAGAUAUCGUUAAUCUCGUCGAGUUUUCAUAUAAUUCUCCGAUCCCUUUUAGCAUAGCCGCCAAAGGCCGAGGCCACUCUGUUAGAGGACAGGCCAUGGCAAAGAAUGGGGUGGUGGUGGAAAUGGAAGCCUUGAAACACCACAACAAUGAAAUUGGAAUUAGGGUUUUGGGAAACCCUAAAUUAGGGUUUUACGCAGAUGUGGGUGGCGGCCAUCUUUGGAUCGACAUUCUUCUUGCCACUCUUGGGCAUGGGCUUGCACCAGUUUCAUGGACUGACUAUCUAUUCUUAAGCAUUGGUGGGACACUCUCUAAUGCUGGGAUUAGUGGCCAGUCAUUUCGGUUUGGUCCUCAGAUCUCUAAUGUCUAUGAAAUGGACAUAAUUACUGGAAAAGGAGAGUUGGUGACUUGCUCAAAACGCGUAAAUUCAGAUCUAUUUUAUGCAGUUUUAGGAGGUUUAGGCCAAUUUGGGAUCAUUACCAGAGCAAGGAUAGCCCUACAGAAGGCUCCAAACAGGGUGAAAUGGAUCCGAAUGUUGUACGAGGAUUUCUCUUCAUUCACAAGAGACCAAGAACACCUUAUCUCCAUUGAUGGACCCGAUUAUGUGGAAGGUUCUCUGAUUAUGAACCAAAGCCCUCCAAAUAACUGGAGAUCCUCCUUCUUCUCACCCUCCGAUCAAUCCAGAAUAAGCUCUCUCCUAACCAAACACACCAUCAUCUACUGCUUAGAAGUCGUCAAGUACUACGACUACGUUGACAAUCUCACCAACAUCAACACCACCGACGAAGGAGUGGAAGCGUUGCUCAAAGGAUUGAGCUUUCUUCCCGGUUUCUUCUUCAAGAAAGAAGAAUCUUUUGUGGGGUUUCUUAAUAGAGUAAGAAGUGGAGAGCUGGAGCUUCAAGCGAAAGGGAAGUGGGAUGUUCCUCAUCCAUGGUUGAAUCUGUUUGUGCCCACAUCUCGCAUUAUGGACUUCAAUGCCGGAGUUUUCGUCGAUAUUCUGAGUAAACAAAGCAACAACACAGGGCCUAUUCUUGUCUAUCCUUUGAACCGAAACAAGUGGGAUGAAAGGACGUCAGCAGUGAUACCUGCAGAAGAAGAAGAAGAAACUUUUUACACAAUAGGGGUGUUGGGUUCGAGUGAAGAGGUGGACAUGAAAAUCCUGGAAAAUCAAAACAAGGAGAUUCUAGAGUUUUGUGAGAAAGCUGGAAUCGGUGCAAAGCAGUAUUUUCCACAUUACACAACCAAGAAAGAUUGGAUGAAUCAUUUUGGCUCUAGAUGGGGUACUUUCCUUCAGAGGAAAGCUCAGUAUGAUCCAAGGAUGAUCUUGUCUCCUGGCCAAAGGAUUUUCACUUCUAUUUAAUAAUAUAUAUAUAUAUAUAUAUCCUUUUUUUUUUUAAGGCAAUGACACGUUUCAGGGGCGUUCCAUGUAUGUUGCUAGCUCUCUUGCCAUUAACUGUUUCUCAUUAUUAUGAAAUUUCUGUUGUGGUGAGAAUUAGUAAAAUAAAAACAGUUUAG